AUGUUGAAGCUAAAUUCACAAAGAUCUUUACCAAUGACUUUAUUUCCUAAACAAUCAAUUUAUGCGAAGGUUGAAUCAGAUCCUAAGAUUGGUAGAUGGAGAAAGCCGAUUGUUAAAAUAUUUAGAUUGGGUGUAUACAUUGUAAAGUAUUAUAAAACAGGCAUCCAAGAAACUUAUAAUAUUUAUAAGAAUUCUAAAAACUUUAAAAUGGAAAUUAAUAAAUUAACUUCAAUAGAUUUGAAAAACUCAUCAUCUCCUAUUACUGAAUUAUACAAGUAUGUUGAAUUUCAAGAUAUUAAGGUUAGAAAUACCCAUUUAGAGAAUAAUAAUGGUAAAGAUACUUCAAAUGGUAAGCCGAUUACUUCUCAUAUUCCAAUCACUAGGAAACAAUUGGUGGAAUAUUAUAGAAGAAAUCAAGUUUGGAAAUUACCUAGAUUUGCACUAAUUGCAUUCAUAUUUGAAGAAAUUACCGCUUUACUUUGUUAUAUUUGGCCUAAUAUUGCACCACAUAAUUGUCUUUCUCCUGGUGGAUACAAAAAAAUAUCCAAUUCUUUAAUAUUACAAAGAAAUAAGUUUCAAGCUAAGAAUAAAACUAAAAAAAUGAUCGAAAAUAGCCUUGAAUAUAAUUCCCCAUUUUCUUUAUCAACAAAUGAACUUAAAUUGAAAUUAAGGAACUCUACAGCUUCAAAAGUUAAAUUAUUCAUUUACUCUAAAUUUCAAAACAAUAAAAAAUUUCAAGAAAAGUCUUUAAAUGAAUUCUAUCAAUAUAUUUAUUUAAACGAUAGAAUAUUGUUAGAAAAUAUAUUGAAACCAAAUUUAUUUGAAGAAAAAAAUUCGAUAACGAGAUUGACAUAUAGAGAACUAGCUCAAGAAAUUUUGGAGAGACAAUUAUAUGAGUAUGAUGAAGAUAUCAAUAAAAUGGUUAAUGAUCAAUCAGAGAGAGAAAUUUUAUUAUUAAGAUUGAUUAUAUAUCUAUCAUAUAUAUAUGAUGAUUGUAUAGGGAUAAAUGGUACACAAUUUUUACAUUCUGAAAAAUGGGGGGCUGCCAAUAUGAACUUACUUGAAAAUAGAGGUACUGUAUCACAACAACUUGUAAAUAAUGAUACAUUUUCUAAUAUCCACCUUCUAUAA